AGUCUUCUUCCUUCUCCCCCCUUGCGCGCGCUUUCUCUCAUUCAUUUAUACACACAGGCUCACACAUCUGCUCUUUCCUCCUUUUCUCUCUCAGAAUGACAAUUCUAGGUACAGCUUUUGGUAUGGUUUUCUAUUUACUUCAAGCCGUUUCUGGAGAAAGUGGCUAUGCGCAGAAUGGAGACCUGGAGGAUGCCGAACCUGAUGACUACUCAUUCUCGUGCUAUAGUCAGUUGGAAGUGAAUGGACCCCAGCACACGCUGACCUGUGCUUUUGAUGAUCCUGAUGUCAACAGCACCAAUCUGGACUUUGAAAUAUGCAAGAACCUUGUGGGUGUAGAAUGUCUGCAUCUUAGUAAACUGCAAGACAGAUAUUUCCUCAGGACAAAGAAAUUCUUACUGGUUGGAGACAGCAAAAUAUGUGUGAAACUUGGAGACAAGAAGAUAACUUGUAAAAACAUUAACAUAGUUGAGAUAGUUAAACCCGAGGCUCCUUUUGACGUAAAAGUUAUGUAUCAUGAGGAAGCAAAGGAAUUUGUGGUGACAUUUAAUACUUCACACUCACAAAAGAGCUAUUUAACAAUAAAAGAUUUAAUUCAUGACGUAGCUUACCGUCAAGAAAAAGAUGAAGACAACUGGAUGCACAAGAAUUUAUCCAACACAAAACUGACUCUCCUGCAGAGAAAGCUACAACCUGAUGCAAUGUAUGAGAUUAAAGUCCGAUCCAUCCCUACUGAUUAUUUUAAAGGCUUCUGGAGUGAAUGGAGCCCAAGUUACCACUUUAGAACUUCAGAGUCCAAAGGAGAGUGGAUGGAUCCUGUCGUGCUAACGAUCAGCAUUCUGAGUUUCCUCUCUAUGGCUCUGCUGGUCAUCUUGGCUUGUGUGUUAUGGAAAAAAAGGAUUAAGCCUAUUGUAUGGCCCAGUCUUCCUGAUCAUAAGAAGACUUUGGAACAACUGUGCAAGAAACCGAAAAAGAAUUUGAAUGUGAGUUUCAAUCCUGAAAGUUUCCUGGACUGCCAGAUUCAUAAGGUGGAUGGCAUUCAAGCUAGAGAUGAAACAGAAGGCUUUCUGCAGGAUGCAUUUUCUCCACAAAUAGAGGCAUGUGAGAAACAGAGGCUUGGAGGGGGUAUGCAAAGACCCAGCUGGCCAUCUGAGCAUGCAGUCAUCACACCAGGAACUUUCAGAGAAGAUGCACCCCUCAGAUGCCUGACUGGAAAUGUCACUGCAUGUAAUCCCCCUAUACUCCCCUCUUCUGGUUCUCCAAACUGUGGGGAUAGUGACAAGAAUGGGACUCAUGUAUACCAGGGCAUGCUGCUUAGUCCCAGAACUACAAAUAACAACCUGUCCAUUCCAUGCCCUCUCCAACUUGGAAUUCUGACAUUGAACCCAGUUUCACAGGGACAACCUAUCCUCACUUCCCAGGACAGCCCAUCCUCACUUCAAUCAGAAGAAGCUUAUGUCACCAUGUCCAGCUUUUACCAAAACCAAUGAGUUGCAAGUCACCCAGGGAAGAGCCCACUGUGAUUAACUAAGAUGAUCAAGAGGGGAAAAUCUAGAACUCCAACUCUCUGUCCCAGCACAAAUUUAACAGCCCCAUUGCAAAGUCUACAGGGUUCUGAAACAUUGCCUUGAUCUCUCCUCUCUAGUUCAGUGGCAUGAGGCUAAAACAUUCUGCUUCUACCAUGUUGAUUUGGUCUCAAGUUUUUAUGUGAUCCAACAAUUCAUCAUUUAAGAGAGGAAAAAAAGGCAGAAAAUAAUGCAAGAAAGAGAGUCAAGAAAAGAAUGGAAGGGUGAGGAAGACAGGAAGAGAGCAAAAGAACAAAGAUGGCAAACAGAACAAGAAUGAUAGUUCCCAUUAUCAGGAUGUACUGUAUGAGGGGGCUUCACAAGGUUCAUGGAAAAUUGACUUAAAGUUGAAUUUAUUUUGGCACCAAAACAUGGAAAUCCAUGCAUAGUUUUUCAUAAUAUGUAUUUUCCAUGAACUUUUUAAAGAUCCCUUAUGUCCUCACAAUAUCCCUAGGAGGGGAGUAUAAUUAUUAUUAUUAUUAUUCUCUUUUUUAUAUAUGUGAAAUUGAGAAUUAAAGAGUUAAAUUGUUCAAGUGUCCACAAAGUUAUGAGUACAUCAAGAUGUGGUGGUCAGGAAUCUAAUUACAGUCUUCCUGGGCCAUGUAUGUUUCUUUUCAGUAAGAACUGUCUCGUUUCUGAGUGUCAAACUUCACUGAUAACAGAGUGACUAUAAUUUAUUAUUCAAAUGGAGUCACUUUUAAAAGUGUAAAAGGAAAUUAUAACUAAUCACUUCAGGGUAAUAACUACAAACUGGAACUGUCCCAGACAAAUGUGGACAUAUAGUCACCUAAACUGAAAGGCCAUGAGCAUUAAAAUGAGAGAGCAAUGGUCUCAUGGCUAUGAAGUUCCAUGAUCAGCCAUGAAAGAAGGCAAGAAAAAGCCACAAUGCCCAUUUUAUUUCAUAAUUCUAAAAAUGAGCUCAAGAUGGGGUAAAUGAGAAGCCUAGAAUUUUUAUUAUAUUGUUAGUUAUCAUGACUGUAAUUCUCCUGCUGCCACCACCCAACCAUAUGCUUUCACCCCAGAGACCCUAUUGCCACCCCUGGACAUAGGUUCUUAUGAGCAAUGAGUGAGGGAGUAACUCCUCCUCUGUGUAUAUAGACUACUACAAUCCAAUUCAUCCCCAGAUUGUUCCAGAUUCUAGAGCCUUGGACAUGGCUGCAAACUUCUGAGAGAUGGAGUUUCAAACACUUGCUAGCGAGUGAACUGACCAUGGCCAUGUUCUUGAAGAUACGGAGGAGAUAUAUUAUUGACAUUUAACAUUUGUUCUCUUGCCUUUCUUGGUCUAGAUAAAUUUCUAGUGACUAGCUCAAACUAAGUCAAGGCAGCUGAGCAGAAUGUAGCUAACCCACAGGACCCCACAUCUGAGCUAGUCCAAGAACUACACAGGCAGAGGGGGCACAACAAAGUGCAAGACAGGGUUUUGUUUGGGGUUCAUCAUUUUGUUUCAAAUUUUAUUUUUGUUCUGCUUUUACUUUGUUUAGGGAGAGUAAGUAUUUUAAAUGUUGUUGUUUGUUUUGUCUUCCGUUGUCUGUGUAGGGGACUCUAACUUGGAGAGUAAUUAUCCGUUGGCUUCAAGGCCUAGUAAUAAUUGACCAUUUUAUUCUUCAGUUUGGUGUUUUACUUUCCAAAGUGCUGUUCUCUGCAUCAAUAAAUUCCCUAGGUUUACUUAGUGCUUUCAUGAUUUUCAAAGCAAUUCCAUAAGCAACCUCUUUUAUCUCCCUAACAAGUAUAGAUGAAGACUCUACUGUGUGCCAAUCAUAGUGUUAGGUGCAGGGAAUCUGAAGAAAAAGAUAGGACUUUGCCUCAGAGAGUGCAAAAUUCUAACCAAGAUGACAGCUUUAUAAACAAAUUAUAAUAAUUGAAACUAUUGGAGGGAUGUUGAAAGUGCCCUGUUGGGAAUAGUUAGGGGAAAUGCCACAAAAAUGACAUAAAUUAGCAUGGAGAAGAAAAAAAAGAAUCUGCCUAUAAGUAGCAGAAGACAUAUUCCAUCAGGUGGGCAGGUAUUCUUUACAUUUUGUAUAAAUGAGAGCCACAUCUCAAAGAAGAGUCACACAAAAUCUCUUGCCCAGCCUAGGUCUCUGAUAAACAAUUCACACAGGUUCUUCGAAGUGUGUUGAAUUAUUUAUUAUCUUUGACUUGUGAGAAAACUGGUACAUAAAACAGCUAAGUUUCAACUUUGCAUCUUAAGUUAGGACCGGAAGCCAUAAUGCCAUAUCCCUUGUGUAAAUAGACCAUCUCUCAAAGAAAUGAGCAGACAACUUCAGAGGAUCAUAGAACUCCCUCUAAUUCUAGAAUCCUGUGUUUCAGUGGUUUUCUUUCUUUUGACAUAUGUUAUCAUUUGAAUUUAAUGAAUGCAUGUCUGUAUGUUGUUUAUGCAUUUAAAAUCCAUAUACUCUUAUCAUCAUAAUUGCUGCUAAUGCUUGAUUAUAUACUCAGGGACAAUUGUAUAAUGCAAGAUUAUAAAUUGAUUCUGCCCAACCCUCUUUUAGAUUACAUUACGGAAGAAAAACUCCUAUUCGGAGACAAUGUGUCAGUCAGAGGUGUAAAGAGCCAGUCCAAAAUGGCAGAAAAUAAAAAGGCAACUGAGAGAUAGGCAGAUAAUUGAUCAAACAACCACUUCUAUUAAUUUUAUGGCGGCCUUUACCUCUCUUUUCAGUGUGAUUUCCUGGUACUUUGCUUCCAAAAAGCCUAGUAUGAUCUGUUUCUGUUGUGUGUAGUUGUAUUUUCUUAGCUCUACUGAAGGAGCUAGGAAACAAAGAAAGGGCCAAGAAGAUAGAAAAUGUGACUGGGCCCCUGGAAACGAUGCAGAUCGGAUGGGAUAUUUUGCCAGCUCAGUAGUUUUUCUUUGGGAUUAUUCUUAAACAUAUCCAUCAUCCACUACAGUGAAGACCUUUGAUUUGACUGUGUGCUUUCCACAUGCAUUACAAACAUUUUGUAGAGCUGCUAAGUGUAUGAAUAUACAACGUGUGUUAAUAUCUCAUAUUUAAUUAAAUGUUACAGACUCUU